AAUUCUUGAUCGUUCGUUCUGCCCCGUUCGUGCUGUUCUUUGUCUAGUGCUCAGGUGUUGCUCUCCAAAAACGUCUCGAUAGUAAAAUACCGAGGGAAACUCCAGAUUGAAAACACGUUAAGGCCACUUCAAAUUCCGCAGCUGAGACACUAUUGGUAUAGAAUCACCAUACCACAAACAUGACAAAGCGACGGAGAUCGGCAGCAUCAAGUGAUGCCAAAGAGUGUGAGGAGGAAUCAACAUCAUCAUCAACUUUUCAUUUUCCUGUCAAAAGAAGGAAGAAGUCAGUGCAAUCUCAAGACCCAGCGGAAAUCAUCCAAGAAUUGUAUGACACUAUCAGGAACUAUAAAACUGAAGAUGGCCGGUUGCUGUGUGAAGCUCUGAUUAGAGUGCCGAAACGAAGAGGAGCACCAGAGUACUAUGAUGUGGUGAGCAGUCCCAUUGACCUGCUGAAAAUUCAACAGCGGAUGAAGAUGGAGGAGUAUGAUACAGUGGAACAGAUGGAGACAGAUGUCGAACUGAUGAUCAACAAUGCAUUGGCAUAUUAUAAGAAAAGUUCCCAAGAGUACAAAGAUGCGAGUGAUAUCUGGCGUCUCUUCGCUGGAACCAAACACCGUCUCCUAGAUGAUGACUCAACCACAGAUGACACCAAGUACUUGAAGGAGAUUGGGGAGUUUAGAUUGGAUAAGGAGGAAGAAGAGCAGUCAUAUGAAGUGUUUGCGGAUAGGGACCCGACUGAUGUGACUGCAGUGGCUAGCUGCAGACAGCAGGUUGGAUCAGGUCCGAGCACUGACCUGAUUGGACCAGCCAGGCACCUGCGUGCUCACUGUUCAAUCACUAGCGUACCUAGUGAGCUGCCAUGUAAACAUGAGCAACCUUCUCAGGAAGAGGUCAAAGGUCAGGAAGAAGAAGAAGAAGAGGUCCAGGAGCUAAAGGAGUGUGAGUUUGCCAUGGAGAAUCCUUGCGAUCCCCUAGAGCAACUCUUCACAGCCGUCAUGGCCCAACGAGAGGAAGACACCGACAGGAACAUCAGUCUGAUCUUCCGUAAGCUGCCGCCAAGGUCCCAGUUCCCUGACUACUACGAUAUCAUCAAGAACCCCAUUGACAUGAAAGUGAUCGCCAAGAACAUACGGUCUGGUCGCUACGCCUCCCUGAGUGACCUGGAGAAGGACUUGUUACUAAUGGUCAAGAAUGCCAAGACAUUCAACGAGCCAGGAUCCCAGGUCUACAAGGAUGCCAUGGUACUGAAGAAACUGAUUACCAGCACCAAACAGGAGCUGGAUAGAGCUAUCAGGAUGGGUGAGAUGGCCAGUAAGACAGCACCACCUGUCAGGGGUGAGCAGAAAGAAUCCGCCAUCCAGGUGGCAGCCAACCUGCCCUCAGAUGAAGACGAAGACGACAAUGAAUCACUGAGUGCCAUGCAGUACGAGGAGAACGAUGAGGAAUCCGGGGCUGAAAACUUCCUAGCCAACUCCAGCGACGCCAAGCAUGUGCUGUUCAACACAGUGCUCAACGCCAAGAACUCCCUGGGGCAGCUCCUGUCAGAACCCUUCAUGAGACUCCCCAUCAAACGUUUGUAUCCAGACUACUAUGAAGAGAUCCUACAUCCCAUGGCGCUGUGUAAGAUCAGGAGUAAACUCAAGAUGGAUAGAUAUGAAUCCCUAGCUGAACUAGCCCAAGACUUGGACCUCAUCUUCAACAAUGCUAAGCAUUACAAUCUCCCAGCAUCAAGACUUUACAAAGAUGCCGAGAAAUUGCAGAAGAUGAUGAAUACUAAAUACAAGGAGUUGGAGAAAAUGGAAUCCAAGAGAGAUACCGAGAGUGAUGAUGAGGAGAGUGAUCGAGGCAGCAGCAAACGCCGUAGGAGCAGCAUCAAGAAGUGUACAGACGUUGACUCCGAUUUGAAGGCGCGCAUGCAAAUAGUGUAUGACACACUAGUGGAGUACCAGGAUAAGGAUGGACGGUACCCCAUCACACUGUUCAUGGAAAAGCCAUCCAAAAAGCUGUAUCCAGAUUAUUACCAGGUGAUCAGUGAGCCCAUCGACAUGAAGACCAUUGAGAUCAACAUCAAGACGGAUAAGUACGUGCAAGAGGAAAUGAUGGUGAGUGAUUUUGACCUGCUCUUCAACAAUGCCAGACAGUACAAUGAAGAGGGAUCAAUGGUCUAUGAGGAUGCCAACUUUCUGGAGAGGCUCCUCAAAGACAAGUGUCGCGAGCUAGGCUUCGCAGUGACAGUGCCAGCAAUGGUCUCUUGUGUUUCAGAGGUCAGCAAGGGUGCCAGCAAGACCAAGACCACACCCGUGGACCCACCAAAGCGACUCCCGUCUAAGAGGCCUCGGUCAAUGGCCGGCAUGACUCCAUUAGAGCAGAAACUCAAUGACCUGUACGGAACCAUCUAUGACUACACAGACUCCAAUGGCAGGGAGCUAGCUGCCCCAUUCAUCAGACUACCAACCAAAAAUGAAUACCCCGAGUACUACCAAGUGAUCAAGAAGCCAAUUGACAUGCAGAAGAUUCAGCAGCGUCUGAGUGCCAAGCAGUAUGAACAGUUGGACGACAUGGUCACCGACUUCUUGCUCAUGUUUGACAAUGCUUGCAAGUUCAACGAACCUGAUUCCCUUAUUUACAAGGAUGCCCUGACUCUUCAGCGUGUCCUCCUCCAAACCAAGUCAGAGCUGAUGGGCGACGAGACCUCGGGGAUGCCAGACAUCCAGAGCACAGUGCGGGAGAUCCUGACCAAUCUCUUUGUCUCAUUGGCCAAUCACCAAGACGAGGAAGGCAGGUGCUUCAGCGAUUCGCUGUCGGAGGUGCCCCCAGUGAAGGAGGAGCUAGCAGUCACAGGGGAGGGAGAGACACAGCCUCAACUGUCCCAACAGAAACCUAAGGACUUAGACACCCUAAGGAGGUAUCUUGACAAAGGCUGCUACCGCCGUCUGGAUUGCUUUCAAGAUCAUAUCUUUGGAGUCCUUGAAAGAGCUCGUAACUUGAGCCGGACAGACUCACAGGUGUACGAAGAUGCCAUAGAGAUGCAAAGAUUCUUCAUCAACAUCCGGGAUGAGAUAUGCAAGAACGGAGAGAUUCUACUGUCCCCUGCCUUGAGCUACACUCACCGACACAUGCAAAAUGACAUCGAAAAACAAAAAAAGGACAAACUUCCUAAAGAGAUGAAAGAAGAUGCAGAGAAGAAGGAAGAAGAAGCCAAACAGCUUCAGCAGGAUGUGACAGGAGGAGAUGGGAAAGAUGCCCAGGAGAUGAAUGAGACAGAGGCAAGUAAUGGCCUUAUUGUUAAUGGACAGACUUACAGAGUUGGAGACUUUGUCUAUGUGGAGCCAAGCGAGAAGAAUCUGAAGCUACACAUUGUUUGCAUCGAGAAGCUUUGGAGCGAUCCAGACGGAGAAUGCUGGCUCCAUGGCAACUGGUAUCUAAGACCCAAUGAGACGUUCCAUUUGGCCACUCGCAAGUUCCUUGAAAAAGAAGUAUUCAAGAGUGACUAUUACAACAAGGUGAAGAUCUCCCAACAUGUCGUAGGCAAGUGUCACGUUAUGUCCGUCAAGGAUUACUUCAAGUACAAGCCAGAAGGCUUUAAUGAGGAAGAUGUCUACACGUGUGAGUCUCGCUACUCAGCCAAGGCCAAGGCAUUCAAGAAGAUUAAGAUCUGGGCCAUGCCUCCCAGUAAUGUCAAGAUUGUUCCUCGUGAUGAACCUCUGUCUCGUGUCCGUAUCGCUUCCGUCUUUGCCGAUAGUCAGGGCAUCGAGCCCGCAGACUCGGACAACACUGAUGGAGAAUACCAAGUCUUUGAAAAGGAGAGAGAGGAUGUUGUCGUUGAAUCACCCACAGAUGAUGAGAAAUGGGUGUACUAUGAACAGCUGAAUUUUGAGGGGCAUGUUUACAAACUUGGAGACUGUGUGUACCUGAGGUCUGAUCAGGCUAGACCAUUUGUCGCUCGCAUUGAUAAAAUGUGGAAGGAUGGCAAUGGAGACCCUUGGUUCAACGGCCCAUGGUUUGUGCGACCAUCUGAGACGGUACAUCCACCAACCCGUCUAUUCUAUAAGAACGAGGUCUUUUUGAGUUCCAUUGAAGACACCAACCCGAUGCGCAGCAUUUGUGGCAAAUGUCACGUCAUGCUGUAUAAAGAUUACAUCUCCAGUCGCCCAACAGAGUAUGCUGAGGAGGACAUCUUCGUCUGUGAAUCCCAGUAUAAGGAGGCAGAGAGGCAGAUACGCAAGGUCAAGAGCCUCAAGCGCUAUUCCGUCUCCAACAAAGUGGUCGAUGAUGAGGUCUACUUCUUCAAGAAGCCCAUCACCCCUAUUAAGGAGGCAUCUCCUCUACUCCAGCUGGCCUCAGAGAACAGCGAGGAAGGCGAGAUAGAGAAAGAGAAACCAGGACUUGAGGAAGAUGAUGAUAAGACGGUGAUACUGACUACAGAGGAGGAGACGGAAACAAGUACUGCCGUGGCAACGCCGAAAGGAGCAGCUAAGGUUGGGAAGGCAAGCACUAGCAGUGAUCCUCGGUCUGCGAGUAGCCAGAAAGUGCCUAAACCUCGCCAUGCUAGUGGCUUCAUCCUGUUUGCUAGUGAGCAGAGAGCUGAUGUUAAGAAGAACAACCCCAAGAUGUCUUUUGGAGAGAUCAGCAGACUCAUCGGGAGUGAUUGGCGUCACUUACCCUCUACAGACAAGAACCUUUACGAGGAGCGAGCAGCGGCUAUCGCAGAGACCAAAGCCAUUGAGAAGGCCUCCAAAGAGGCUGCCAACCCACCACCCACCAGCCAGGCCUCAGGCCAGCCUAAAGGGCCAGUUGCAGGGGCUAUCAAGGUCUUUGAGUGUGGCUGGGAGGGCUGUGACCAUCAGUAUGAUGACCAGGAGGAUCUGUUGAAUCACUUGGUGGAGGCUGGAGAGCACCUCAAACCAGUGGGCGAACCUUCGGAGUUAACCUACCCUUGCUGUUGGAAGGGAUGUAGCAGAUAUCGCAAGAAUCAGCCAUUCCCAGCUCUAUCCCGUCUGAUUAGACAUUGCAAAGAAGUUCACAUGAAGGCAACAACGGGCAAGUACAUCUACCCACAGAAUCUCAGCAGGAAUUUCUUUUCGCGCUUCGGUCAUCAUGCACAGGAGGAAGGUCGCUCAGGCACACCAGGUGGGGGAGCUAUCAUGGGUAUUGUCGGGCCGCCCACCCCGGUGGGGAUGGCAACCCAACAGCUUACACAUUCAUCUCAUGCGAGCAUGUCAGGCAUGGCUAUGCAGUCGAUGCUUGACCCCUACCCCGGCGGUCACAUGGUUGGGGUUGGGGGUCAUCCUCCCAGCAUGCAAGGGAUGGUGCCCCCUAUGGCCCAGCCUGCCAGUGUGCAGCACGGCAUGUACAUGAGCAUGCAGCCAGCAGGAAUGGGGUACCAGUAUCCUGGUGCCCAGCACCCUGGUGCCCAACAGCAUGUAAUGCAUGUACAGCCACCAGGUGCUGCAGGUCAGGGUCAGAUGAUGUCACCCAGGGGUCAACAAGGGGUCGCACCCAGCCCUCAUGGGGCACCUAGCCCAGCACUGAACCAAGGAACCAUGCCAAGUCAAAGCUCCAGUGUUCAGCAACCUCUGGUACCGCCGCCUCCACUGUUUGUGCCUCCGCCCCCAAGAACUCAACGAUUGCUUCACUCUGAGGCGUACAUCAGAUACAUCGAAGGACUGAGCACCAACACCGAGAACGUGAGCGAUUGGCAGCGUCAUCUAACCGUGCGACCUGAGGAUGUGGCCAUCACGCCUGAGCAGCAGGCACGCUUGCCAUCUAACUGGUUGGCCAACAAACCCAGCAAAGAGAGUGAGACACUCAAAGCACUGUGGAAACUACGAGAUCUCAUGCUGCAUGACUCACUGAGGAUCAGCAAAGCAUAUAACUUUGACAUCAAGGAGGAAGCUAAACCUGACAUGAUUACCAUAGAGACCUAGAGAGCAGUGUGUAAAACAAUGAGUCAUCCAGUCACGUGUGAUCUCACUGAGACCUGUGUCAUUCCAUUAUUGUGGCACCAAGAUUAUCUUCAUAACACUGAACUUUUGCAUAUGUUACUGACCAUCCUCUUAAAACCUCGACAUUGCCAGAACUUUGUAGCUUAAAAGAAGGUGUUUCCACAAUUUUAGCAGUUGAGCAAUGCAGUGUUCAUAACUUUGAUUGUCUGUAUUAAGUUUUAAUAGCUUUCAGUGUGAACAUUGGCUCAGGAGAUCGAUUUGGAUUACUUAAACAAGGUUGCUGGCGGUAUAGAAGUUUCUGCAAUUAAAAUUACCUACUUCAGGUCAACUUUGAUGUGGUAGUCAAUAGUGAAGUCCAGUAAAUGUCUAGUUAGUAAGCAUCUAGUUGAGCAAAAUGCAGGAACUUUCAUUAUAACAGCUUAAAAGUACAUUUGUCAAUUGGUCCGUAGAAUUGUCAAGGUUAAGCUUCUAUUGUCCGUCAUCAGAGUCACGUUUAUUUUGGGCUUUCUUAGUGUAAAGUCUUCUGGCUGAAUUUAGAAAUGAAGUUCUUUUUAAUAUUGACAGCAAAAUCUUAUGUUAUACACCAGGAAAUGCUCAUUGAUAUUUUUUUUUCUGUGGGGAUAAAUUCUCCUUAAUGCCAAAAGAAGUCUGAAUUAAGAUUUUGUCCGUCACACAGAAGUGAAAACGUUCCUUCAUAUAUAUAUUUAUCAUCUUUAAUUUUUAGCUUGAGUUUAAACUGGUUCAUUUUGCCUUGUGGGUUUAUAUUAUUGAUAAACAUUGUAGUGAAGGGAGGCAUUGCACAGUAAUUGUGGUUAAGGAAUUGGAAUAUUUAGGACAUUUUAGCAGGUUAGGGUAGGGCAUCAAGAUUCUACGUCAUGAUUGCAUCAUGUUUGUGCUGCAAAUGGGUGUCUUUUCCUGUAUGCUAAGUUUCAAAGCAAUCAGGCAUGUGUGCCCCCCCCACCAUCGGUUGUUAUAUGGACCAAAUGAACUGGACUCUUGAGGAUUGAUGUGGCAUAUUUGUCAAAUGAGGGGAGGGAUAGAUGGGUGUGGCAUCCUGUGUGUCGGCCUUGUCAUGUCCGUAUGUAAUGAGCAUUUGUGUCUGUAGAACUGAUUCGUGUCGAUCAGCAACAACUUGUACUGUCUUAGUAUGACACUGUGGUGAAGGCUCAUUUGUAUAGCUAUCGUUUUUUUAUCUACUUGACAGAAACUUAUUCAACCUGUGCUGUUUCUUUUUUUCCCCUAAAACCAUGGGUAUGUUCUGCUCAUUCAUUCAUUGGCAAACUUUGGCAAUGGAUUUCAUAUUGGAUGCACACAAAAAAGAUGUGACAUUUAAAUAGAAUGAAUUUCUUGUCAAGUAUAUUAUGGCAUAAACUAAAUUGCAUGAAAGAUUUGAAAGUGAUCCGAGUACUACCCUGAUAUGCGAUUUAUGCUGUGCGCCAGAUGCAAUGUUCUUGAUUGUGGUUAACAUUUUGUAUUUAUUUCAUACAGCUCAGUUCUUCGUGAAAGUGAAUAAAUGACCAUCUGCGUGAGUAACCCGUGUAUUAAUCUA